GGGGUGGACGUGGGCCGGGUUCGGGACAGGCUGUUACAGACUCCGCAGGGCCCAGCCCCGGAGGCAGAAGAGCCGGGGCCGGGUCGGGCCGGGGCGCUGCCGGGGGAGGGCCUCGGAGGCGCGGCAGGGCUACCCUGUCUCUUUAAGUACAGCCUUGCGGCGUUUUCUGCCUUCCCCCUGAAGGGCAGGCCCCGGCAGGGAGUCGGAAACCCGCCCGGCCGAGCGAUCUAGCCCCGGCUAUGGAGGUGCUGGGGGCCCUGCUCCUCCUUUUGCUCUCGCUUUGCCUCCUGGCCUUCGGUCUUUACUGCUGCUACGUGAGAGCCAUCCACGCGAAGUACGAUCAUAUCCCCGGCGCCCCGAGAGCGAGCUUUUUACUGGGACACCUGCCAAUCAUCUGGAGAAUGCUAAAGAAAAAUGAGCUGGUGCAUGAUCUCUUUAUACAAUGGGCAGAGGAGUACGGCCCCAUUAUGCGUUUUAAUGCCUUUCACAGAGUCUCACUAAUGGUUCUAAGUCCUGAAGGAGUAAAGGAGUUCCUGAUGAUACCACAGUACCCGAAGGAUCAAAUAACAUAUAGCAAACUCUAUGCUAUAUUUGGCAUGAGAUUUUUAGGGAAUGGCUUAGUGACUGAUCUUAACCAUGAUCAUUGGUACAAGCAACGGAGAAUUAUGGAUCCAGCUUUCAGCCGAAUCUACCUGAUUGGUUUGAUGGAAACCUUUAAUGAAAAAGCAGAGGAGCUGAUGAAUAAGCUAGAGGAAAAAGCCGAUGGAAAAACUGAACUGGACAUCAUGAGCAUGAUGAGCCGAGUGACUCUGGAUGUUAUUGCAAAGGUGGCCUUUGGCCUAGAAUUAAACACGCUGCAUGAUGACCAGACGCCUUUCCCACAUGCUGUGUCCAUGGUCAUGAAAGGAAUGAGCGAGAUGCGUGUUCCUCUUGUGCAGUAUAUGCCAGGAAAACAAAAAUUGAUAAAGGAGAUCCAGGAAAGUGUGAGACUGCUGCGCCGUGUGGGAAAGGAAUGCAUUGAGCAGAGGCGAGAGGCCAUCCAGAAUGGGGAGGAAGUCCCACGAGAUAUUCUUACUCAGAUCCUGAAAGGGGAUGCAGCUCAGGAGGAAACUAGAGAUGAUGAAAAUAUUCUCGAUAACUUUGUCACUUUCUUCAUUGCUGGUCAUGAGACAACUUCUAAUCAGUUAUCAUUUACAAUAAUGGAACUGGGGCGGCAACCUGAAAUACUAGAAAGACUUCAUGCUGAAGUGGAUGAGGUUAUUGGAGCCAAGAGGGACAUUGACUAUGAAGAUCUUGGGAAGCUCGAGUACUUGUCACAGGUUCUCAAAGAAUCCCUCCGAUUAUACCCUCCCGUUCCAGGAACCAUACGUUGGACAGGAAAGGAAAAUGUCAUUGAAAGCAUCAGAAUUCCAGCAAAUACUUCUCUAAUUUUCAGCACAUAUAUCAUGGGAAGGCUGGAAAAGUUUUUCAAGGACCCACUGACCUUUAAUCCUGACCGAUUUAACAAAGAUGCACCAAAGCCAUAUUUUACCUAUUUUCCAUUUUCUUUGGGACCCCGUUCCUGUAUUGGACAGAUAUUUUCACAGAUGGAGGCUAAAGUGGUGAUGGCAAAACUGCUUCAGAGGUUUGAAUUUCAGCUGGUGCCAGGGCAGAGCUUUAAAAUUUUGGAUACAGGAACCCUUAAACCAAAAGACGGCGUAGUGUGCAUAUUGAAACCACGGAUCAUUACAAAAGGGUCCCAAAAAUAAUGGGAGUGGGGAGCAAUGGAGUCAAAUGGUGGUGGAGUUUCCCCUCAGAUUUUAGAGAUAUUUGGAGUCACUUUUGAGGGGUACUAUAUAGAAAAUGUUGUUAACUCACCCCGUAAUUACUGUGGAGAAGUUCAGGAGUUUCAGUGUGGCUGUUUAUUUGAAUCUUGGUGAUCUGGAAGCUUUGCAAAAAGCAGACUUUUCAUCAGGUACUGCCUGGUUCUCAUCAGACUUGGGAAAAUCACAAGAAUAUCAUCUCUCACUCUGCUAAGUGUGAUAACAAACAAACCUAAAGCCAAAUCCCGGUCCAGAUUUUUCCCUGAUUUCAGUGGGACCAUUGGACAUACGUUCAGAAGCAACUGAGCACUUAAACAACGAAUCAAACACUUGGUUGAAUUGUACAGCAGUUUUGGUUUGAAUUUGGGGGUGAAAGUUUGGGUCCAUUCUUAUUGCACCCAGAUCAUUUCCCCCGUCAGUGCUCUAAACUGCAAUAGUGCAUGUUAUUCUUACUGUGAAUAUGAUUCAACAUAUGAAAGCUAAUGGCAGGGGAGGGGAUCAGAGGCUACGUCUAUUGUCUAUCCUACAGCUGUGCAAAUACUGGAUUUUCUGAUUCAUUGGUAAUUCCAAAAUAGAUUUAAAACAUUGUUUCAGAAUGAUCAAAAAAUGAAUUUAAAAAAUUUUUUUUGGCAACUCAAAAAAGUUAAAAAAAAAAUUGGAUUGAACAAAAUGUUUUGAUUUCAAGCCUUUUUUAAUGUUUUUAAUUGUUUGGUUUUUAAUACAAUUAAGGUCAAUUUCUAAAUGAAAAGUUGUUUUGAAUCAAAACAUUGAAAUAUUUUGUUUUGAGAAUUUCAAUGAAGCAUUUCAGUUUUUUGCAAACUUUCUUUUUAGGGUUUUUACAGUCAAAGUAAUUGGAUAAAACCACCAUGAAUUUGUAAAACAUUUUAAAUUUUGCCCAUAUAUAGUUUUUCCUCCUUUCUUUAUCUGUCUCUCACUCUGUCUUUCACACUGUCCUUCUCUCUAAUCCCAGUCCAUGUUGCUCAGUGAACACACACUGGAAGCAAAAGUUGUGCUGUGUCUUUGCAUUUACCCUGUACUACUUUUACCGUUGACGUUAGCUGGAUCCUAAUAUGACAGUGCUCCACGCUUGACGAAGCACUCAGCUGGAUUAGCCUAUCUCAAUUAAGGGAAGAACUACUUGGGAAAACGCUACUGUUUAGAAAUAGAUGGUAAUUAAUAGAUGAUGGGGAACAUGACCCUGUCUUGGAUAAAAGGGAGUUCAGGAUAAUUGGAGCUGAACUGUGUUUCUUAUCACUUCCAAUUAAGAUGGGCAGAAGACAGGCUGUGACAUGGUACAGCAUCCAUCUGUUCCUGUAGGGCCAGAUUGUAAUGCCCUUACACUGAAUUCCCAUUGACUUCAGUGGUACUGCUCAUGGACUAAGGUACUAUUGAGCAUAAAUAAGGGCAUGAUAAUCUGGCCUAUCACAUGGAUGCUAUCACUUUGACAGCAUUACUGUCUUUGGUAAUGUCCUACGGUACACAUGCUGUCAGGUAUAAGGCCCUGCAGCUGCACUUGCUUGGUCUCCUGCCAGCUUAAUGAGCACAGCUGGGAUGCAUCAACUAGACCACCUGACGGAUUGCCUCACCUGGUUGGCUGAGGAAGCUAGCAGUCUUGCUCUUAAGCCCAACAGCAGCAAUUCACUGGCUGCUCAAUGCAUAUGACUGUGGUUACACUCUGUUUCUGUGCUCAACUUGCUCCAAGCCCUGCUUCUGCAUUGCUCCUCCCUGACUAUCCUGUUACACCCAAAUAAAGGGACUCUAACUUUCUCUCCAAGUACGUUGCUUGAGGUUAAUAUGGGACUGAGACAGAUGCCUUUUUGCUUGAAGGCCAGCUGGGGACAUUGCAGAGGUCUGGAUGCCCUAUCCGGGGUGAGGGCUGUUGUGAUAACUGGGCCUACAAAAAUACCCUAAUGGUGACCUCAACUGUGAAAAGUGAAUAACAGUUCAUAGAAGUGACGCAAUAGCCUAUAAUAACAAGUGUUGAUGGGAAAAGGUGAAAAAGAUGGAAUUAGUCCAAACAAAAAGGCCUAGUAAUAUACUUCAAGAACUGCGUUAAGAUCAUGCCUGGUAAACAAGAACAGUGUGAGACUGGAAAUCAAUGAACCAAAAUUGGUGUGUUGGAAAUUAGGCCUAAUUUGUGGACAAAAUAUGAGGGGAUGGGCUAUUCUGCAUACUGCUCCCCUUUUCAGAUCCUCAAAAAGAGACUUUGAGCAGGAACGGCUGCUGGCUGACUGAAAGACAAGAGAAGGAACGAGCUUCACCUUCACAGUUGCCACCUCAACCAACUCCUGGGCCAGGAACUGUCUCUAUUCUAAUCCUGAAAGAUGUCUUGAGCAGACUGGGCCAGAGAGAGUGAACCAGUGGACAUCACAAGUUUCAGUUAAAUCCCAUAUGCCACCUAGGAAGUGAGACUUUGACUGACAAAUAUACACCUAUGUGUGUUUCUUACCCACCUUCAACAACAGCUGGAGCCAAUUUCAAAUAACUUCUUCUCUUUCCCCAAAAAGGACAUUUUUUACCAUCUUUGAUACCAUCUAAGACUGUGGUUUUUCAACCUUUUUUCUUUUGCAGACCUCUAAAAAAUUUUGAAUGGAGGUGCGGACCAAUUUGGAAAUCUUAGACAUGGUCUGCAGACCCACCAGGGGAUCCACAGGUUGAAAACCACUGUUUUAUGGUAACAACAACCUUUCCCAGCCGCUUAGACAUAGUUUGUGGACCCCAGAUUGAAACCACUGAUCUAAGAGACUGUCAAACAAGGGAGGGGGUUCCUUUGAAAAGGAAACAAGGGAUGUUAUUAAAAUGAAAGCCUUACUUAAUACUUUUCAAAUGCUUUAACUGUUUUUCCUUCUUUUCUGUAUGUUUAAUUAAAGACUAAAAUUAUGUUUAAUGAUGAUGUGUUUUCCAUGGUACUUGUAGUCCAUAGGGCUAGCUUGCUAUAUUAUAUAACCUGUCUUUAUUGACUGGUUUGAUUAGAUUAUUUUGGCUUAUAUUUUUGUAUUGAAUAAUUUUAGUAAAUAUUACAUCAUUAUAUUUGGCUGUAAUGCAGGAACCUACAGGCCUGUAUCCUGUAUUAUUAGCUAGAGCAAAUUUGCAUGAGUGUUUGUAACCUGUGGCAUAGAUAAAUGGCCUACCGGUUAUCCUUUUAGACUUUGGGGAACUGAAUGUGUUUACCAAUUCUGGGACAUACUAAUAACCAUACGGUUCACAAGAACAUGGAAGUAACGGUUCAGGCCAAAGGUAACAGGGUAUCAGAUAAUUGGCAUUAAUAUGUAAGAAUAUGCUAGCCUAUAGAAUAAGUGUACCCUAAGAUUGUGUGGGUGAGGAAAUGAGAUUUGGGCAUGGAAGAUUGGGUACUGACAUGAAUAUUCAGGAUAGUGCCAAGACUUUGUAAGAGGGCAAACCACCAUGUGGAGAUUAUUCUUUUAGAUUUUUAGUUCCCCUUUGUUUAGCUACCAGCUUAUCUUUUGCAGUAUAACUUAGUUACUCAACACUGACCCUGCUCUCCAUGAUCGGCAUUGACGAAACUGGACCGUUGGACUCUUCUAGCAUGUCAGAGGCGAGGCUGGUCCUGUGUCUCAUCACCAGGUCCACAAGAAGGGUAUGAAUAUACCAGUUUAAUUAGCUUUUGUGAGGAAUGUUACCACAGGUACUCUUAAACCUUAAUAUUUCUUUUUAAUUCUGUGGUCUGGAGCUUUGAUGACAUUUUCUUUCAAUAAAAAUCUCUGCUUUGUGCUCA